CUUCACCAAUCACUCCACACUCCUCCAUUACUACAUUUCCAACUUCUCCGCUCACCUUCAAACAACCCCAAAUGGCGAGCUCUACUGCUUCCUCUGCCUUCGUGGCCGUGAUGCUGGCCUUGACCGUGACUCUGACGACGAUGAGUAGAGGUGCGACGGCGGCAGUGAGCUGUGGGCAGGUGAUCAACGCGCUGUACCCUUGCCUGACCUACGUCCAGUACGGUGGGAACAUCCCUGGGAGCUGCUGCAACGGGAUCGUGGCCCUUAGAAAUGCGGCCACCACCACCCCAGACCGCCAGGCGAUUUGCAGCUGCCUCGUCUCUAAUCUCCGCGGGAUCAACAUCAGCCCUUACAGCCUCCGCCUUGCCACCUCGCUCCCUGCCAGCUGUGGCGUCAACCUGCCCUUCAAGAUCGACCCUUCCAUUGACUGCUCCAGGGGUCAGGUAGACGCAUGGAUCGGAGGAUGGCGGAGCAGGGUAGACGCAUGGAAGAUGGUGUUAUAGUUAUGUGUUUUCUGUUGAUGAAAUAACAGAGAGAGAGAGAGAGAGAGACUUUGGUUGCCAGAAGUUGUCUACUGUCAGUCUUGUGUUUUUAGUGUUGUGUUGCUCUUCCUUACGUACUAUGGUAUCUAGCGUUGUCUAAUAUUAGGAGAUUUGUAAUGGUGUUGCUCUGUUUCGUGCUGUGACUGUCUUGCCCAGUUAAUCUAUGGAAGUUUGGCUCCAAGCUAUGUACGAGUUACUAAUGCUAGAAUCGUAUCAGACAUCAGUUUAGUCUCCAA